AUGGAUACAGCAGAGAAGAGAGUCCAUACAUUUGUGCGAGUCAAGCCAACAGCUGAUUUUGCUCAAGAUAUGAUCAAGUUUGGGCCAGACAACAAGAGCAUUGAUAUAUACAUCAAAAAAGAUGCCAAGAAAGGAGUUGUGAAUAACAGGCAGACUGACUGGUCCUUUAGACUGGAUGGCGUCCUUCACAAUACCUCCCAGGAACUGGCUUACAAGACUGUGGCUAAGAAAUUGGUGUCCAAAGCUUUAAUUGGCUAUAAUGGCACGAUAAUGUGCUAUGGGCAAACGGGGGCUGGUAAAACUUACACGAUGACGGGAGCAACUGAUGAGUACAAGCAUCGAGGAAUCAUACCCCGAGCUAUACAGCAGGUCUUCAAAGCAACUGCAUGUUCCGUUGAUCCGUUCAUCACUGUCCGAAUAUCCUACCUGGAAAUCUACAACGAGACCUUGUUUGACCUUCUCUCCACCGUGACAAGCAAUGGGACUGGUGACAUCCAGAUGGCUGUAGUGGAUUGCCCACAGGGUGUUUAUGUGAAGGGCUUAUCUAUACAUGCAGUUAGCCGUGAGGAAGAUGCUCUAAAUCUCCUUUUUGAGGGCGAGACCAACAGAAUGAUAGCAGAGCACACACUGAAUAAGAAUUCAUCCAGAUCCCAUUGCAUCUUUACUAUUUAUAUUGAGUCUCGUUUCAGAGUUUUCUCGGACGUCAAACGCGUUAACUCUAAAAUCAACUUAAUAGAUCUGGCAGGCUCAGAGAGACUGAGCAAGACUGGAUCUGAAGGCCAGGUUCUGAAAGAAGCCACGUACAUCAACAAGUCCCUGUCUUUCCUUGAGCAAAUCGUCAUUGCCCUGGCUGAUCCUAAGAGGGACCACAUCCCCUUCCGGCAGAGCAAGCUCACUCACGUUCUCAAGGACUCACUAGGGGGAAACUGCAAUACUGUCCUAGUGGCAAAUAUCUGUGGGGAAGCUGUGCACGUGGAAGAGACUUUGUCUUCUCUUCGUUUUGCUACCAGAAUGAAAUGGAUCACAACAGAGCCAGUCCUCAAAGAGACAUCUGACCGAGAGGGGACAGUGAAGGCUUUGGAGAAGGAGAUUAUUCUUCUGAAGCAGGAACUGGCCAUGCAUGACAGCUUGGUAAAUCGUUCUUUGGUGACUUAUGACCCUCUGACUGACGUCCAGAUAGCAGAGAUUAAGUCUCAAGUCCAUAAAUACCUAAAAGGAGCCAUUGAUGAAAUUGAUAUAGUGAACGUCAGGCAAGUCCAGGAGGUAUUUAAGCAGUUCAAACUGAUUGUAAGUCAACAGGAGCAUGAAGUGGAGGCCAGAUUACGAAGCAAGUACGCUCUGAUAGACAAAAAGGACUUUGCUGCUGUUGCUGCUGUUCAGAAG